AUGUUCGCACUCUCUCGCCUCGCACGCUCCGCGUGUCAACAAACUCGCUGCGUGUCAUACGUCGCACCGCCGCGUGUCUCCGCUGACCAGAGCUACCGGUUCGGGCUCCAACUGGACACUAUUAAGCCGCAAACCGAUGAUGACGAGGCCGCUCUAGCGCAAUUAAAGGCUGUGCUAAGUCUCCGCAACGCGUCGCAGCACGAACUGAACAAGGCCCAGGUUGCCACUGCUAUUGAGACGUUCCAGCGCUUCCCAGGGGAUACGGGCUCCAGUGAGGUGCAGAUUGCGGUUCUCACGCAGAAGAUCCUGCGGAGCACGUCGCAUGCGCAGGAGCACAAGAAGGAUCAUCACUCGCGUCGAGGACUCAUUGCAAUGGUCGAGAAGCGACGGAAACUUCUCAAGUAUUUGCGUCGCAAAGACUUGCACAAGUUCCGGGACGUGGUGGCUGCAUUGGGGCUUCGGUUCACGUGA